CUGAAUACUAGGCUACAGCAACUACAGUGCCUAUCCUAAAAUUUAUCUGAGGCUUGCUCAAAAUCAAUUUUUUUUCUUUAAGCAAUCACAUCUACGUCAGACCAGGAGAUGCAUGAGGAGGCGGGUUCACUCUGAAAGGGGCUGUGUCUGUCCGAGAUAACCAUUCAAAAGCAGCAGAGGGAAAGCAACUUGCUGUGUCCAUCAAUUUACGAAGGCAUCACCCAUUUAAUAGAAAGUGCCCACACCAGGCAAGCUACCCGGCGGAGGAAAAAAAAACUGCAAGAUGGCCCCGGUUUCCAUCAAAAGUGUUUUAAUUAGUGAAAGUGUCGAUCCUUGCUGCAAGAAGAUUCUUGAGGAAAAUGGAAUCCGAGUCACGGAAAAGCCAAAUAUGAAAAAGGAUGAUUUGAUUGCGGAGAUAAAGGACUAUGAUGGCCUUGUGGUUAGAUCUGCAACCAAGGUGACAGCCGAUGUCAUCAAUGCUGCAAGUAAUCUCAAAAUCGUUGGAAGAGCAGGGACUGGUGUGGACAAUGUGGAUGUGGACGCUGCCACUAAGAAGGGCAUUAUUGUCAUGAACACACCAAGCGGCAACACCAUCAGUGCUGCAGAGCUGACAUGUGCCCUGUUGAUGAGCCUCUCAAGACAUGUACCUCAAGCUGUGAUGUCUAUGAAAGCGGGCAACUGGGAUCGCAAAAAGUUCAUGGGUGCAGAGCUGUAUGGCAAAACCCUUGGAAUACUUGGACUUGGGAGAAUAGGGAAGGAAGUAGCCACCAGAAUGCAGUCAUUUGGCAUGAAGACUAUUGGCUACGAUCCAAUUACUCCACCUGAGGUGUCAGCCAGCUGGGGAGUGGAGCAGAUGUCUCUUGAUCAGCUUUGGCCCCAGUGUGACUAUAUUACUGUCCACACUCCUCUGAUGCCCUCCACUGCUGGUCUACUUAAUGAUGAAAGUUUUGCUAAGUGCAAGAAAGGAGUAAAGGUUGUGAACUGUGCACGUGGGGGCAUCAUCGAUGAGGCUGCUCUCCUCCGGGCUUUGGAGUCUGGACAGUGUGGAGGGGCGGGCCUUGAUGUCUUUGUUGAGGAGCCACCUAAGAACCGCUCCCUGGUGGAUCAUCCCAAUGUGAUCAGCUGUCCUCACCUGGGAGCCAGUACCAAAGAGGCACAGGCGCGUUGCGGUCAGGACAUUGCCCUGCAGAUUGUGGACAUGGUGAAGGGCAAGAGCCUGGUUGGAGCAGUAAAUGCACAGGUUUUGGCAAGCACUUUCUCCCAAGAAUCUCAUCAAUGGAUCAAGCUUGGAGAAGCCAUUGGAGCUGUGCUGCAGUCAUGCGCCACUUCUAAACAAUCAUUCAGCCAGGUCCAGAUAACCACUCAAGGGGAUUGUUUGAAGACUUCCACUGGUUACAUGACUUCUGCCGUAAUGGUUGGCCUGCUGAACUGUGAAUCCAUCGGCUGCCCCAACCUUGUCAGUGUGCUGACCCUUGCCAAGGAGCGUGGAAUUAUGGUAAACCAAAACCACAGCCAGUUGGAUGGGGCUGCACAUGGCGUGUGUAAGGUGGAAAUCUCGGCCAGUGGCUGCAACUACAAAGCCAGUGGUUCAAUUCAAGCUGGUGUGCCUGUUCUGCUGGAGCUGAACGGCAGUGUGUUCAGACAGCCUGUCUCACUCACCGGCAACCUGCUGUUCUUUAAGGCCUCAGCCAGUCUUCAGCUCCUGCCCUCUGUGGCUGGAAUGCUGGCCACAACUGGAGUGCACAUUGAGUCGCUCAGUGCUCCUGCUGCCCAGGCUGGGGAUCUGUGGUAUUGCGUUGGGAUGUCCUCUCUCCUCGGAGACCUUGGUGCCUUGAAGCCUCUGGUCAAGGAGGCAGCACAGCUCGCCAUAUAAAUGAGCACAGCAGCAUUUGCCGGGAUAACAUUCAGUAUCUGAAACUCUAACCCCUCAAGAUUGUGUUUUCUAUCUUGGUCUUAGCAUUUGAAUACGUAACAUUUUGCAACUUGUUUAGAAGUUGAAUACUCGCUCACAUUUUGAUAACACUGUCUAGAUGAUUUACAUGUUUUGUUUUGAGGCUAAACCUAAAUUAAAUGACUGAUUUACUGACA